CUCUUUUUAUUUUUAUGAUGAGGAUAUUUACGAUCCCUGUAUUCUUAGUAUGUCGCGAGAGUACAAUAGUGUUUUUCUUGGUAGUCACCACUCUGCAUUUCUUCUGCACAGCUGAAACUUGGAACCCUUGGACCCCCAGCCCCUCAUGUCCCACCCUGCACCCCUCUGUCCCUCCUGUGCCCUGGCUGCUGCAUGCUGGUGAUUAGCACCCUAUUCUGUGUCUGCGAGUUUGAGUGCAGUUUCUAGGAAAACUUACCAAGUGAGCUGCUGAGUGUUUCCCUCUCAAAAUGUGCAGGAAGGAGGAAACCAUGGGACUCUGUCUCCAGCUUUGGCAACCACAACUCCUUCAUUAUCAGAGGGGCCAAUGCAGUAUAUUUAUAUGAAAGGUAAUGCUUUGUGCUAAUGUAUAGCACAUGAUUUACUGUUCUUAGAUGUACAGUUCAGUGGCAUUAAGUACAUUCAUAUGGUAUGUAUCUACCUCCAGAACUUUUUUCAUCUUCCUAAACUGGAACUCUGGACUCGGAAAGACUAAUUCCUGUCUCUUCUGCCUGCAGCUCCAGGCAACCAUUGUCCCGUAUUCUAUCUCUGUGCGUCUGAGCACUCUAGGUACCCUAGAUGAGUGGGCUCAUACAGUGUUCGUGCUUUUGUGACUGGCUUAUCUCCCUUGGUGUAGUGUCUCCACGGUUCACCCGUGUAACGGGAUCUCCUUCCCUUUGAAAGCUGAUGCUGUUUCGUUUUCUGUAUUUGCCGCAUUAAGUUUGCCCAAUCAUCUGUUGACUGAUAGUUGGGUUCCUUCCACCUUUUGGCUGCUGUGAUGCUGCUGUGAAUAUCAGUGUGCAAAUACCCGUCAAGUCCCUGCUUGCAGUUCUUUAGGGUGUACACCCAGAAACCAGACUGCUGCAUUCUAUGAUGGUUCGAUUUCUGUGUUUCAGAGGCACUGCCCUGCUGUUUUCCAUAGCAUUUGCGCCACUUCGACUUCUCACCAGCCAUGCACCAGGGGUCCGGUUUCUCCCCAUCAUCAGCAACGCUUGCUACUUUGUGCUUUCUUGCUGGCACCAUCCUAAUGAGUGUGAAGUGAAGUUGCUGCUACUUUUUAAAGCUGUACGUUUAUUAAUUUACUGGGCCUUAUGAAUGCGUCGUUCACAGGAUUUUCUAAGUUCUGGGUUAAGUUUUAUUAAUCAGAAGACACACAGUUUCCAGCAGGCAUUACCUGACCCCACACGUAGUGCAAAGCAUGAAAUAGCUGCUGUGGAGUGUGUGUGUCGUGGUAGUCCAGGAUAAGAUAGCUUUGGUGACAUGCAUCCUUGUGAUUUUCUUAAAUGUUGAGUUGGAGCGUCAAGACAAGGGAGUAAUACCCUUAAAUUAUUCGGUACUGUUUUCUCUUACUACUCUACUACUUUGCUAGCAUCUAUGUCUGUAGGGCACUUGUGCUGAAUGAGUUAAUUAAUCAGUUUGCUUUUGUUUUACUGCUUGGACAUGACAUUAUUGCGAUCCAGAGCGAGAGUAAAUUUGCGUGCAGUGUGAACCUAAGUAGGGGAUCUCCUGAUGCUGCCUGUUUGGAGGUGUGCUGGAGCCCUGCGUUGGGGGCCUCGCCCCACCACGGAAGCUUCAAAGGUGACAGCAUACACCGUCACCACCCAAUUAGAAUUGCUUCACUGAGCUAAUAAGAAAGACGCGGUGUCAACUUAAUUGACCUAUUUUACUGGGCUACAAGAUUGGAAUUUCAAAUUAGAAAAAGAUAAAUUUGAACAGUGUGACGGAAGGUUUCCCUCAAGUGGCUAAAACGCGAGUGAGUGUACGGAAUGCCAGGGGCAAGGGAACAGACUUAGGGCCACUAACUCCCCUCCACUUAUCAUCCCAAGUCUUACUCAGUUGGCAAACGGGUGAGAUCUUCUCUUGUAUCCAUGCUCCCUGGUUUCCCUCCAUACUGACCUAUACUAAAGCACUGUUUAGUUUACAUGAGAAGGAAAAUGCCCAUUGCUGUCCGACAAAAGGGAUACUUCUAAGAUUCUUCUUAUUAAAUGAUGGGAGGGCAUAAUGUAUUGGUUCAAAACCCACUGUAGCCAGAAGAAUCUAUUCCCAGGGAAAUCUGAGGGAAUCCUGUAGGAGGUCUUCCACUGGCUGAUAUGCAGUGAAUUUGAUUUAUCUUUCUCCAGUGGGCUGAGAGCAUUCAAAAAAUCCAGUAGAUGUAUUCAUGCAGUGAUCCUUCCUCCAAAUCUCAACUGUAAAGCUAAUUUCAUGCUGCUCCAGAUGCCCUUGGCGUUUGAAUGGUAUAACUUACAGCAUGCGUUUUUGAUGAAUGUCACAAAACUCACGCUAAACAGCAUGAACAGAGUCUCAGUCUCUCUCUGUCUGUCUCUCUCUGUCCCUCUCUCUCUCGUGCAAGGCAAAGGCAAAGCACUAACCUUGCACUUACUAACUGUGUCUUAAGGUACAAAUGGACUCUGGAGAGUUUCCUCCUGGAGUCUUGCGGUUCUGUGAGCAGCCUGCUGCCUUCCAGAGCCUUUUCAGUUCCUCACCUCAAUAGAGAGCUGAAAGGACAAAAGUGAACAAAGGAGGCCUGUUUUGCCUGCCCCACUUGCUGGGCUGUUGUCUUGGCCCUUUUCAGCAAAGGGGGUGGGGGGAGCUGGGUCAAAGUUGAAGAACAUUGAAAAGGAAUUCAGGCUGCACGUCGAAAUUUGAAUUAUAGCUUCAGUGUGAGCGCCACCGCGUAGAUGAGUUUGCAUUGAAAUUUUUGAAUCUGUGGAAGCUUAAGUGACAGAUGGUGCUGGAACAAGGUACACAGUGCUGGAUGCCGAGCCCGCAGUGUUGAGUGUCCAGACGAGGCGCCCGGAGCCUUUGCGGUAUUCUUCCUCAGCACCUGUUAGCCCUGUUAGCUGGAGACUUCUGACCAAAGCUGCCCUCAGCACUUGGCAUCACCCCAGGACAGGACAGUUUCUGAAGUCGCCGAAACGCUGGGGAGGGUCUCGGCCCAGUGCACCUUCUGAAGAGCAAUGCUAAGAAGAGCUUUUUUGGCUUAAAGAAUUAAAAGGAAGAACAACUUUGGAUAAGACCUUCUGCGAAGUUUCCUGCAUGAAAAUUAUUUAAACGUUGCGCUCAAAUCUUUUGAGGAAGACGAACGGGAAAUUCAGGGAUCUCGGCAGGAGGUGAAGCUAAAACGGCUUAAAAUCAUGCCAAGAAGGACGUGCGUGCCCGCGGGCCCGGUGACCCUGAUCCUCCUCCUGUGCCGAAUGAUCUGCGCGCUGGAAGUGCCCCUCGAUCCAAAACUUCUUGAAGACUUGGUACAACCUCCAACCAUCACUCAACAGUCUCCGAAAGAUUUUAUUAUUGACCCUCGGGAGAAUAUUAUAAUCCAGUGUGAGGCCAAAGGCAAACCUCCUCCAAGCUUUUCCUGGACCCGUAAUGGGACUCAUUUUGACAUAGAUAAAGACCCUCUGGUCUCCAUGAAGGCUGGCUCAGGAACACUCAUAAUCAACAUCAUGAGUGACGGGAAAGCAGAGAGCUACGAGGGCGUCUAUCAGUGUACAGCCAGGAAUGAACGCGGAGCUGCAGUUUCCAACAACAUUGUCGUCCGCCCGUCCAGAUCACCAUUGUGGACUAAAGAAAAACUUGAGCCCAUAACACUUCGAAAUGGUCAAUCUUUAGUACUUCCCUGCAGGCCCCCCGUUGGAUUACCACCACCUAUAAUAUUUUGGAUGGAUAAUUCUUUUCAAAGACUCCCACAGAGCGAGAGGGUUUCCCAAGGUCUGAACGGGGACCUUUACUUCUCUAACGUCCUGCCGGAGGACAGCCGCGAAGACUACAUCUGCUACGCCAGGUUUAAUCACACGCAGACCAUCCAGCAGAAGCAGCCCAUCUCCGUGAGGGUGAUUUCAGUGGAUGAAUUGAAUGACACUAUAGCUGCUAAUUUGAGUGACACUGAGUUUUAUGGUGCUAAAUCAAGUAGAGAGAGGCCACCAACAUUUUUAACUCCAGAAGGCAAUGCAAGUAACAAAGAAGAAUUAAGAGGAAAUGUGCUGUCACUGGAGUGCAUUGCAGAAGGCCUGCCUACCCCAAUUAUUUACUGGAUAAAGGAGGACGGAACACUACCCGCCAACCGGACAUUUUAUAGAAACUUUAAGAAAACCUUGCAGAUCACUCAUGUUUCAGAAGCAGACUCUGGAAGUUACCAGUGUAUAGCAAAAAAUACACUUGGAGCCAUCCAUCACACCAUUGCUGUGACAGUUAGAGCGGCCCCCUACUGGAUCAUGGCCCCUCAAAAUCUCGUGCUGUCCCCAGGAGAGGAUGGGACCCUGAUCUGCAGAGCCAAUGGUGACCCCAAGCCCAGGAUUAGCUGGCUAACAAAUGGCGUCCCAAUAGAAAUCGCUCCUGAUGAUCCCAGCAGGAAAAUAGAUGGUGAUACCAUUAUUUUUUCAAAUGUUCAAGAACGAUCCAGUGCAGUGUAUCAGUGCAAUGCCUCAAAUGAAUACGGAUAUUUACUGGCUAAUGCAUUUGUGAAUGUGCUAGCCGAACCACCUCGAAUCCUCACAUCUGCAAACACGCUCUACCAGGUCAUAGCAAACAGGCCUGCUUUGCUAGACUGUGCUUUCUUUGGGUCUCCUCUACCUACCAUCGAGUGGUUCAAAGGCGCCAAAGGCAGUGCUCUUCGUGAAGACAUUUAUGUUUUACACGACAACGGAACUUUGGAGAUCCCUGUGGCCCAAAAGGACAGUACAGGAACUUACACAUGUGUUGCUAGGAAUAAAUUAGGGAUGGCCAAGAAUGAAGUGCGCUUAGAAGUCAAAGACCCCACAAGAAUCAUUAAACAGCCUGAGUACGCGGUUGUGCAGAGAGGGAGCACUGUGUCCUUUGAGUGCAGAGUGAAACACGAUCACACCUUAAUCCCCACCGUCAUGUGGCGCAAGGACAACAAUGAGCUGCCCAGUGACGAAAGGUUCACCGUGGACAAGGAUCACUUGGUGGUGACUGACGUGAGGGACCACGAUGGCGGGACGUAUACAUGUGUGGCCAACACGACUCUGGACAACGUCUCUGCCAGCGCUGUGCUCACUGUUGUUGCUCCUACUCCAACUCCAGCUCCCAUUUACGAUGUCCCAAAUCCUCCCUUUGACUUAGAAUUGACAAAUCAACAGGACAAGAGUGUUCAGCUGUCUUGGACCCCGGGUGAUGACAACAAUAGCCCUAUUACAAAAUUCAUCGUCGAAUAUGAAGACGCAAUGCAUGAGGCAGGGCUGUGGCACCACCAAGCGGAAGUGUCUGGAACGCAGACCACGGCUGAGCUGAAGCUGUCUCCCUACGUGAGCUACUCCUUCCGCGUGAUGGCCGUGAACAACAUCGGCAGGAGCUUGCCCAGCGAGGCUUCGGAACAGUAUCUGACCAAAGCUGCAGAACCAGAUAAAAACCCCACGGCUGUGGAAGGGCUAGGAUCCGAACCUGAUAACUUGGUGAUUACUUGGAAGCCCUUGAAUGGUUUUGAAUCCAAUGGGCCAGGCCUGCAGUACAAAGUUAGCUGGCGACAAAAGGAUGGUGAUGAUGAGUGGACGUCUGUGGUGGUGGCCAAUGUGUCCAAGUAUAUUGUCUCCGGCACGCCGACCUUCGUUCCUUACCUGGUCAAGGUGCAGGCCCUGAAUGACGUGGGGUUUGCUCCUGAGCCAGCCGUCGUCCUGGGACACUCUGGGGAAGACCUCCCCAUGGUGGCUCCCGGGAACGUGCGUGUGAACGUGGUGAACAGCACCUUAGCCGAGGUGCACUGGGACCCUGUACCUCUGAAAAGUAUCCGAGGACACCUGCAAGGCUAUCGGAUUUACUACUGGAAGGCACAAAGCUUAUCCAAAAGAAACAGACGUCACAUUGAGAAGAAGAUCCUCACCUUCCAAGGCAGCAAGACGCACGGCAUGGUACCGGGGCUCGAGCCCUUCAGCCACUACUCCCUGAACGUCCGCGUGGUCAACGGCAAAGGCGAGGGCCCGGCCAGCCCGGACAGAGGCUUCCACACCCCAGAAGGAGUCCCCAGUGCUCCCUCAUCUUUGAAGAUUAUCAAUCCUACGCUGGACUCUCUCACUCUGGAAUGGGACCCACCAAGCCACCCCAACGGCAUUUUGACUGAAUACACCUUAAAAUUCCAGCCAAUUAACAGCACACAUGAAUUAGGACCUCUGGUCGACUUAAAAAUUCCUGCCAACAAGACACGCUGGACUUUGAAAAAUUUAAAUUACAGCACUCGGUAUAAAUUCUAUUUAUAUGCACAAACAUCAGCAGGAUCAGGAAGUCAGAUUACAGAGGAAGCAGUAACCACUGUGGAUGAAGCUGGUAUUCUUCUACCUGAUGUAGGUGCAGGCAAAGCCAUGGCAAGCCGGCAGGUGGAUAUUGCAACUCAGGGCUGGUUCAUUGGUCUCAUGUGUGCUGUUGCGCUCCUCAUCUUAAUUUUGCUGAUUGUUUGCUUCAUCAGAAGAAACAAGGGUGGUAAAUAUCCAGUUAAAGAAAAGGAAGAUGCCCACGCUGACCCUGAGAUCCAGCCUAUGAAGGAAGACGAUGGGACGUUUGGAGAGUACAGUGAUGCCGAGGACCACAAGCCUUUGAAAAAAGGGAGCCGAACACCUUCAGAUAGGACUGUGAAAAAAGAAGACAGUGAUGAUAGCCUAGUUGACUAUGGAGAGGGAGUGAACGGCCAGUUCAAUGAGGAUGGCUCCUUCAUUGGACAAUACAGCGGUAAGAAAGAGAAAGAACCAGCCGAAGGGAAUGAAAGCUCCGAGGCGCCUUCUCCCGUCAACGCCAUGAAUUCCUUUGUUUAACCCUUCAGCUCUUGGCCAUAUCCCAUUUCUCAAGAAUUUCUCUUAAGCACUUGUUUGUCUCAGCCCUCUCAUACUAUGAACAUCGAGGCGGAAGGUCUGUUUUCUGCUGUAUGUUAAUAUUAUGAGAACAGUUAGCGCAAGAACAGAAUUCAGCCAGGUAAAUGUGAACUGGAGUGCAGAGGGCACACCUUGUGUCCCAAUCGGCUGUUCUUCGUUUCUCGGAACUGAGAGAAAUCAGCAACAGGUGAUGCUGUCUCCUCUUCAGGACACACUUCAACAUGAUGCAUGAGAAAUGCUACCCAUUUAAAGGACAUACCUGCGUGUGUUAGGAAAACACGGUUUGAUCCUUUGUUGAUACUCUACUCAGCUGAACCCGCCCCCCUCCCCCCAAUGUGAGUUCUGUUUUCAUUGUCAAGAGUGUUCCUGUAGAAUUCUCUAGAGCUUCAGAUGUCUUCGUGGACAUUGCCGUGCAAUUGGUGACUCCGUGUCUAGCUGUCCUUAGUCUUUCGGGGAGGCUGUUAGAAACAGUGUGUACAGUCCCUACUUGCUCAAUGAGUUCAUUAUGACAGUUGCAUUUGCUGAUGCUCAGUGAGGGUCUACCACCUGCUCUUGGCUCCUGACACUUCUAGGCUUCUUAAUCCACCAGGUCUUACAGCAGUAGCAGUGUUCUUUCUACCUUCUCUCUCUCUUCCGUUGUUCGUAGGCCUAAGCAACGUGUAUGUAUGGCGAUGCAUUUCGGUAUUUCUGCCACACAGAAAGAAUCAAAAACAAAUCACUCAGAUUUCAAGGCUGAUUCCAGAAAACACAGGGCAAGACACAUGCAGUGCCUUCAGACAGUCAGCAUUCCACACCACAUGAGCUGGUACAGCCAACUCUAGCCUAGAUUACUGUCACUGUCUAAAAGUAACUUUUAAAAAGCAGAGAUAAUGAAAACUGCAAUGCCAGCGGGGAAUAGGAAGUAGGAAAAUAAAAAUCAUGAGAUGGUUUUUCGACAAAAGCACUUCCCCAUAAAGUCUAGAGAGAAAAACUUUAUUACCAACUGGAACUCAUGAUGGUUUUGUGGUCUUUUAUAAUUUCUAUAAAACAAAUCUCAUUCAGUGACAAAGAUGUCAGCGUAGUAGCAAAUUAAUAGGAAAACAAGCAGGUUAUUCCAAGACUAAAAACCCAACAGCAGCAUUCCAACAGUAGUACAUUAUUUGCUAAGACUUAAAGUUACGUGAGCUUCUAAAAACGCCCUGCCCCAUGAAGCUAUGUGUGCGCAAAUAGCUGUGACACAUUUCAGAAUCCAAGAAACCCCAACAAGUGCUUAAAAGACCAACAGUCAAAGGGACUACAUCUGCCGUUUAAAAAAUCAAUCUAGAUGCACAUAUAUAUUCUAUCACGUUCCUCAACACUCUAUCAAAUGGUUUACCUCCAAAUAUGAAAAUCUAUAGCAACCUAUGGUUGAAGGAAUGCUCAAUUUCAUUUGCCAAUAAAUUGGUUUCUCAUAACUUGCAUCAAGUUUAAUUUUAAGUAAAGCUUUUUAUAUGUAGAUAUUUUGUUGAAUUUGUAAAUACACUGAAAGUGUAGAUGCUAUAUGCUUACAGGUGUGACAUACAAAUAAACAUGCAAAAAUGUUCAUGUUGUACUGUAUAAGAAAUGAGCCCAUGGAUGCAGUGAUGGGAUCAGAAGGCAGCUGCUGCAAUGUCUUUUGGGCCUCCCCACCCCUUUUUUGCUGUGAAACUGAAACAGUGGAUUUUUCUACAUACUGACAGCAGGCUUCCAGCUAAUCUUGCAAGCUUCCCCUGUGAGGCACAGUGGGUGUGGUGCCCUGGGACCUUUGAUACGUGUAGGUAAAGCAUCAUUUGAAGACAUCCCAAUGAAUGGUGGUCCUGACCACUUCCGUGUCUCCAUUUGCCAUCUUUGUAGACCAACCUGUCUAUGGGAAAUACAAAAAAAAAAAAAGGAAAAAAGAAAAAAAGGAAGUGGGCUGGCCUUGGCAUCAGAGCACAAAGAUAAAGUUCCUUUUGGCCAAUAUUUUGCGAGAACAAUGAAAAUACAGGUUUACUCUUCCCUCAUGGUAGAUGCUAAACUAAACUGUGUAUGAAGGAGUCACUUCGUAAUAGUGCACCAGAUUUUGUAUUAAAAAAGAAAUGUGGUUUUAAUAGGCCCUCUCUUCUUUUGUAAUUUGUCAUGUUCCCUGUGGAGUAUGAGUGUCCAAAUGAUGGUGUAUGUAAUAGUGCAGGCAAGUGUGGCGAGAUUUCCAUCCAAAAAGUAACUAUUAAAGUAGUCUUGAGCUCUUUGUGAUUUUUUUUAACUUUUUCUAGCGUAUCUCCUCAUGUGUUGAAACAGUACAGACUUUGAUUUUUUUUUACUUUGCAAAGUCCAUUAUUGGCAGAGAUCAUUAAACAGCACACCGAACCCAGCGUAAAACAGAGCUAAUAUAACAGAGUGUCUCACAAAACGUUGUAUGAGAAGUAGGCGUAGCCAUUUCCAGUUGGUCGAGAGAAGGCCCGAGAAAUCAGGCGCUGUCUCCUUCCCCGGAGUCCGGCUCCCGCCGCCUGCCGACCGGCACAACCUGCAGCUCCCAACGGCCCGCAUCGCCACCCUCCCCAGACGCAACGAACCUGGUAUCUUAGCCGUCAGGCUCGAUGAGACAGCUGGAACGCUUACAAGUGGCCCGUGUAUGUCUCCCCCUCCUUCUAAGUGUCUCAAAGCCGCCCGGCUCUGCAGAUAGCCCAGGCACGGGCCAUCCUCGCGUUCCAGCACCUGCAUUGUGAACCCCGUCUCCCCUGGUCCCAGCAUGGCACCUGUGGGACGUGCUGGCUCAGAGCCCACUACCCUACAGGUUACCUGCCUAGCCUGUUGUAUGGGUGAAAUGGAAAAUGCCAUCCGAGCACUUAGUAUUUCCACGAUGGAGACCAUCUCUGCCGCUCACUUCCGGGCAGCCAGUCAGGGCUCCCCAGCCACCAGCCUCCCUCCCCACCUGGUGGGGCAGAUUGCUGGACCUCAGCUCAGGCCACGGCACCACCGGGUGGCUGGCCGAAUGCAAGUCUGACUGCCAAGUGCAUUGUUCCACUCGUGGUAUAAAUCAUCUCGCGGAGAUGGUUUAUGAUGGCCUCAGGUUCCUUUUCAUGGCUGAUUCUGGAAAUGGCUUGUAGAGAGGCAUGAGAAUGGAGAAUUCUCCGUGGCCCAGCUAAAGUGACUCUCUCCUGCUCGUGAGAUUUCUUUGCAGACGACCACCAGAGGGCGCCCGUGCUUUAUUCAACGCGAAAGAAACAGACCUGCUAGAAAAGGCAAUGCAAACCAACCACUGGGCGGUCAUCAGACUGUAGCCUGCCCAUGCAGAACACGAUGGCCAGCUGCAUCCCAGGAAAACAGGACUUGCUGCUUUCGCUGACAAGUUCACAGCGUCCAGGGAGUAAGCGUUGGCACUGUGAGCCUGUGAUUCUUUGUGUUCAUUGUGGCUUGCGCAGGGGCAGGGGGCGGAGGAGGAGCUGUCUCCUGGGUCCCUCCAGGCAUCCCUGUCACUGUGCCGGUGGGUUGGGAUGAGGGAGGCUCCCGUCUUGAAGUGGCUUCUCCCCCAUUCUCCAGAGGGGGUUCGCCAAUGGUUUGAUAUUUGGUGAUGGCGUGGCACACACACACACAAAAAGCACAAUUUAUGCAUGGACAGCUCUUCUUUUUCACUUUGAAGGAAAAAGUGUGUGUGUGUUUUUAAAGAUUUCAUUUAUUUAUUUGACAGAGUUACAGACAGUGAGAGGGAGAGACAUAGAGAAAGGUCUUCCAUCUGCUGAUUCACUCCACAAAUGGCCACAAUGGCUGGAGCUGGGCCAAUCAGAAGCCAGGAGCUUCUUCCAGGUCUCCCAUGCAGAUGCAGGGCCCCAAGGACUUGGGCCAACUUCCACUACUUUUCCCAAGCCAUAGCAGAGAGCUGGAUCAGAAUUGGAGCAGCCGGGACUCAAACCAGCGGCCAUAUGAGAUGCCAGUGCGGCAAGCAGAGGCGAAACCUACUGUGCCACAGCACUAGUCCCGAAAAAAGUAUUUCUAUUUAAUAAACAACUGAUGGGUAGAGGUGGGAAGACCCCUGGUGGGGAAAGAGAUGGGGAUUUGCAUUUGCUCUGCCCUCAGCUUGCUGAGUGACCAUGUGUGCAUGGACCUCUGAAUGUCCCUCAUGCCAUGUUUCUGUUUCCCCCUGACCCUGUUGAUCUCUAAGAGACCCCUUUGCUUCCAAAAGUUAACCCGUGCCUGUGGUUCCUAAUAGCAACCUCAAAAUCCUGAGCGCGCACAAGAACGUGGUCACUAAGUAGGGAGGACCCAAUAGGAGCAAAACCAGUGGCAGUGCAUGCUCUCCCGAGCCUGGAGGCUCUGUACGGAGGCAGCCGUCCAUCAAAUAACCCCUUAAACGAGUGCACAUGAGCUAGGAAGGGAAGGCACACAAGUGAGGGCAGAGCCCAGCCUGGGGAGGGGGCCACAUGGUUGCCCACAGCGGCCAGUGUGCCUGCAGAAGAUACAGGGCCAGGCCUGGGGAUGGCGUGCAGGUGUCUGUGUUUCUUCAAGGAGCCCUGGAAAGUGGGCAGUGAUUGCCAUGAUGGGCCACGUGAUCGGAUUUGUGUGUUGGGAGGGGGAGUCAGGGACUCCUGUUGGGAGAGCGGACUGGUGAGGAGUCGUGAAGGAUUCUGGGAGACCUUUGGGAACCGGCGUGGGACUUUCCAAGAGAUGGCGGAGGUUGGGUGCCGAGCAUAGGCCCAGAGAUACAGAGAUGAGAGUGGGAUUCUGAAGAUGUUUAGGAAGCGGGGGGGGGGGGGGGGGUGAGAGCAAUGCGUUGGCUGCAGAGCGUUUCACAUCAGCUUUCUUGCUUGGGAUGAAGACCUCUGGGACCUCCAGUUAGAGUGGUAGGAGUUGGGAAUACUCAGGUAGGCGUAAAGCCCACAAGAAAGUUGGAAGAAGAUGAUGAUGAUGUGUCAUUAUGCGGCCCAGAUGCGAUCGGCUAAGGAGAGAAUAGAGGCUGUUCAGAAGCUCCCAGAUCUAACGGAGAGGAAGAGAGAGAGGGACCUCUGACAGGGGCCACUAAGCAAGAGCCAGGGAGGAAAUAAGGGGAGUGUGCUGUCUUGGGAGCCAGUGAGACAGACUUUCCAAGACAGAGAAGUCAAACAAAAUGAGGACUGGAAAAGCUUCUUAGAUUCAAAACCAAGGAGACCAUCUGAGGCCUCAAGAAAGCUGUUAGGUGGUGUGUGGCCACAGCCUGGAAUGGGAUUAGGGUGAGCAGAAGUGGGGGGUGAGGGGAGAAUUUUGCCAGUGUACGAUUGGGUGACCCAUCAUCCAAUGCCAGACUGAGCUCCUUGGCCUCAGCACGCCUGUCAUAGCAUAAUCCAAGCAGCCCACCCCCUGCCACUGCCUCUCCACCCCCCCACACACACUGGUGUCCCCUCUACUGUGUUGCGACCCUUCCACUUACUCCUUCCUUCCUGCCUUUCCCCAGCACAGGCUGGAAAGCCCAUCCUUUUUCUAAGCACCGCCACUUUGCCCUGGAGUCCUGUGCUCUUCUCUUUCCUGGAUACAUGUAGCGUCUCCCUUCGAGAUGAGACCCAUCUCUGGUCUGCUUUCUCGGCCUAACCCCUAAGGAGCUGAGCUCAAGUGCAGAUCAGGGUCGCUAGCCACUCAUAAUGCAUCUGCUACUGUGUCAAUCCUCAACAUUGCCCCGGGCACCUGCUCUUUUUCUUAGAGCUCAACAUUCCUCCCUCAAUAACUCAGUAGCUGUUUCAUAUCUUCUCCACCUCCCUCUAACGUUAAACCCUGCCCCUUCUCUCCACCUACCCUAGCAAAUCACUUGCUACAAAAUGACUUUUUUUAAAAAAUGAGAAUGUCUUCAUCUUCCUGCUAGCAAGCCGAAAUGCCUGCCGUGUUUGCGCCCAUUCUCUGCCUCUGCCUCCUGUUAAAACAGGGAGCUGUGUUCCUGCUGGGUGGCCCCAGUCUCCCUUCCCAGAAACCUCUCCUCUCUUUGGCCCAGUGUUUAACUGCUUCCCUUUAACUAGAUACUCUCCUGACAUUGUAACAGCUCAAGUCUCUCAUUGGAAAAAGACCCUGGACCCCCUGCAUUGCCCACCCCUCCACCCCCUUCAGUUUUCAUCCUCUGGCCCCCACUUCAAGGUCAGAAAGGUUGAAAUAAUACCAGGACAAGAUUAUGAGGAUGAUCACAAAAGCUACUAUUUGCUACCCAGUUCAUCCUUUGUUCCUUCUAUAGCCGCGCAACCUCUGUGGUCUUGCUCAGGCUGUGCUAUAGGCACUGUCUUCAGCUGUAACUGUUUAGCUCCUUAGAUUUCCUGAGUGACUCAACAAUAUUCUUUUUUUUUUUUUUUUUUGGACAGGCAGAGUGGACAGUGAGAGAGAGAGACAGAGAAAAAGGUCUUCCUUUGCCGUUGGUUCACCCUCCAAUGGCCGCCGCGGCCGGCGGCGCGCUGCGGCCGGCGCACCGCGCUGAUCCGAUGGCAGGAGCCAGGAGCCAGGUGCUUUUCCUGGUCUCCCAUGGGGUGCAGGGCCCAAGCACCUGGGCCAUCCUCCACUGCACUCCCUGGCCACAGCAGAGGGCUGGCCUGGAAGAGGGGCAACCGGGACAGAAUCCGGCGCCCCGACCGGGACUAGAACCCGGUGUGCCGGCGCCGCUAGGCGGAGGAUCAGCCUAGUGAGCCGCGGCGCCGGCAACAAUAUUCUUUUUUAAUCAGAAGGUCUCAGCCUGCACAUUGGGAUCACCUGGGGAGCCUUAACAGCCUAAUGGCAGCCGGCCUGCACCCACAGUAUCUCUGUUACAGUUGUCUGAGAUGCGACGUGGACAUCACAAUCUUUUCAGAGUCCCCAAAUGAUUCCAGUGUGCAGCCAAGAUGGAAACCAGGCUGAAGAAUCAACUUGUCCUCACACUAUUGUGUGUGCACCUAAAGUAUUUCGUGAACAGUAUUUUGAAUAUAUUUCCUCACACAGCCCAAAAGUUGAUCUCAAAUUCUCUUGUAGUCCUCUCACUGAAACACAUAGCUAGGGGAAAACGGACCCAACACACAAUGCUGAUGGGAAUAUAAGAUGAGACUUUGGAAAAUGGUGCAGUGGCUUCUCACACUGUUAAGUAUACAUUUACUAUGUGAUCUGGUAAUGCUACUCCUAGAUACAGAUCAUAGAGAAAUGAAAACAUAUGUCUACGCAAAGACUGGUACGCAAAUGCUCAUAGAAGCAUAGAUAACAAAGGCCAAGAAACCCACUCAAAUGUUCGUGAACACGUGGAUGGAUAAACAAAACAUGGUAUACCCUCACAAUUAAAUGGUGUAUUUAUGCUGUGAAAUGGAAUACUGUUGAGCUGGUUUUUUUAAAUGCUAAUGCAUGCUACAAGGUGGAAGAUCCUCAGAAACAGUAUGCAGAAUUAAAGAAGCCAGACCAAAAAAAAAAAAAAAAAAA